AUGAAGAAGGGGCGCGCCGCCAAGCAAUGCAAGAUGAGAAUGGCGCAGGGCUGCCAGGUGGCGACGUUGCUGAAUUGCGCGGACAACAGCGGCGCCAAGAAUCUCUACAUCAUCGCAGUAAUUGGCAUUGGCGGACGACUCAACAAGCUGCCCAACUGCUCGCCAGGUGAUCUUGUCCUGUGCAGCGUCAAGAAGGGCAAGCCGGAGCUGCGCAAGAAGGUCUUGAAGGGUGUGGUCAUCCGUCAGAAGAAGGCGUGGAGACGCCGUGAAGGCGUGUACGUCUACUUUGAGGACAAUGCAGGCGUUAUCGUCAACGACAAAGGUGAGAUGAAAGGCUCAGCCAUCCAGGGCCCGGUGGCAAAGGAGUGUGCUGAACUUUGGCCAAAGAUCGCCUCUUGUGCGCCCGCAAUUUGUUGA